AUGGACCCCCUCGACAGAGCUCAAGUUCUCCUCCUUUGUGACCUGUGUGAACGAGCUGCAUUACAGAGUCAUUGUGAACUUUGUCAGAUUAACCUGUGUAAGGCCUGUGUAGGGGAGCAUCUCUCUGAUUCAUCUAAAAGACACAAUGUUGUACCAUACAAACACAGAACUUCUAUUCCUAACAUUAACUACCCAAAAUGUCCAAACCACACCAAGAAACAUUGUGAACUUUACUGUGAGAAAUGUGACAUUCCUGUCUGUUCUACCUGCAUCUCCUCUGAAAAACAUUAUGGACAUAAAUUGACAGAUGUCUUACAUAAUCCCAGAUAUAUGAGAGAAAUUCUAAACAACGAUUUGAAAGAAUUAGAAAAAAGAAUAUAUCCUAAGUAUGAAGAAAUUACAUUAGAUUUAAACUCUGAAAAAAUCAAUACAGAACAGCUCCAUCAAAUGUUCGGUUUUCUGUCAGCAUUAUAUAUUACAACGGAAGAACAUGGCUACUCAAGGAAGACACAAGAAGUAACCUAUCCUCCAGUCAAACCAUUGUUUGAUGAAACAGAGCUUAUCACCGCCAUAGACACUGGGUAUCGCAGUCUAUACAGUGUUACCUGUCUCAGUGAUGAAGAAAUCUGGACAUGUGGGAAUGACAAAGUCAUCAAACUCUACAACCUCCAGGGUAAAUUACUGAGGUCAAUCCAAACCAAGUCUGGGUAUAUACCAUGCGAUAUAGCAGUGACAAGGAGUGGAGAUCUAGUUUAUACCGACCCUGAAACAAGAACUGUAAACAUAGUGAAUAAUGACCAGAUACAGGAAGUGAUCAGACUCCAGGGGUGGAAACCUUACUAUGUAUGUGGUAAACCUCUGUAUUCAUUAACUACCUAUGCUAAAUACGUCAGUGAGAACAGGAACCUGGAUAUCUGUGUGGCUGACUGCACAGCCCAUGCAGUAGUUGUGGUUAAUCACGCAGGGAAGCUCCGAUUUAAAUACAUUUGUCGUAACUUGGGAUCAUUUAAUCCAUGCGGCAUCACAACAGACAGCCAGAGUCAGAUCCUGAUACCAGACAGUGAUAACCUCUAUAUGCACAUCCUAGAUCAGGACGGACAGUUCCUCCGUUUCAUUUAUAACUGUAACCUACGGGAUUCAUGGAAAGCAUGUGUAGACACUAAAGACAACCUCUUUGUAGCUGAGUAUAGCAGUG